AAAACAAUGAGGAAACGAAACCAAGUAGUAGUACAAACAAAAUACACUAAUCAUCGAGACAAAAGUUAAACCGAUAACUUGCUAGGCUACUUAGCUUAGCCGGUCACGAGUGGUUGGGUUCUUCAUCAUCAUCAACAACAUCUGCUUCCAGGAAGUUGCCAUUUUUUUCAUUGAAUAUUCCGUUCUUUCUUUCCCUAUUAUUAUUGUACACUACUAUAUAUUAAUUAGACUAGUCCGUUUCUUAGCUUCCAAGCUCAAAUUUUCUUCUUCUUCUUCAACUACUACUACUACAACUCCCAACAGCAUCACUAAAAAGAUUUAAAAUAUACAGGUACCUAUUUCAGUUGCUAUUUUUUGUUUCAUUGUUUUUGAUUCUUGAUUUCUUCAAUCAAACGUCUCAUAAUUCAGUAGCUGAAAGCUACUUCCAUGGAAGCUCUAUUCCAAGAACAGCUUUUUCAUUCUCCUGAUGCUUUCAUUUUUAGGCACUCUUCAAUUCCAAUGGAUCCAAGAAAUGAUUUUGUACAAAAUGGCACUAGUACGAUAUUCAAUAAUCUUGCUAGUUUUGAUGAAGAUUACCCUCAUGCCCUUUCAAAUCAUGUUGUUGGUGAGGGAAAUUCUUCUCCUCCUCCUCAAGAGGAAGGGGAAGGGGAAGGGGAAGGGGAAGGGGACUACUCUGAUGCAAUGUAUAAAUUCCUAAGUCAGAUGCUUAUGGAAGAGGAUGAUUUGGAGAAUAAGCCAUGUAUGUUCCAUGACUGCAUGGCUCUCCAAGCUACUGAAAAAUACUUAUCUGAUGUCCUUCAUGGAUCCGAAAAUUACAAUUCCCCUCAAUCUGUCAUCAUCAAUCCACAGGAUUAUUCCUCUAGUCUCCUCAGCAACACUUCACCUGAUUCUAUUGAGUCUCCUCAAUGGAAUCUUGAUUUUGAAUCCCCCGUUUCGGUGGAGGGUUUAUCUGGUGUCUCCAAUCAUGACUCUUUGUUCACUUCCUUUGGCAACAACCAAUUUAACCUGCUAUAUAAGGGAAGUGAAGAAGAAGAACCUGCUAAUAUCUUCCAAAGUGGCAGCAGCAGCAAUUCACCGACCGACUCGAGGAAAAAGAAAAAUCGCCAUCGAGGAGAUGCUGCUGCAGACCAGCAGAGGAGUAACAAACAGUUGGCCACAUUUGCUCAUGAUGAAUCUGAACCGUUGGAAAUGUAUGACAAUGUGUUGCUUUGUUUAAAUAAUCCAUAUGUGGAACAACAUAGCGCUACUAGUGUUACUUCCUGCUCACCUAAUGAAACCAAAAAAACAACCAAAGUUGGAAGGCCGAAAGGUGGUAGGAAGCAUGGCAGCAAUAUCAAGAAGGAAGUGGUGGAUUUGAGGGGUCUGCUGACUCAAUGUGCUCAGGCCAUAGCGAGCUACGACAGCAGAACAGCUACUGAGUUGCUGAUGCGGAUAAGAGAACACUCUUCACCAUAUGGAGAUGGGACGGAGAGGCUGGCUCAUUAUCUCGCCAAUGCCCUUGAAGCCCGCCUGUCCGGCACAGGAACAGCCUUGUAUACAGCGUUUGCAUCCAGCAGGAUAUCAGCUGCUCAGAUUUUGAAAGCUUACAAGGCAUUUAUCACCGCAUGCCCGUUCAGGUUGCUGUCAAACAUUUUUGCAAACAAGUAUAUCCGAAAGCUCAUUGCUGGAGAACCAAAGAUACACAUAAUUGAUUUUGGAAUCUUAUAUGGUUUCCAAUGGCCCUGCCUCAUACAAGGUCUAUCCAUGAGGCCUGGGGGACCACCAGAGCUUCGCAUUACUGGAAUCGAUCUUCCCCAGCCUGGUUUCAAGCCAGCAGAGAGGGUUGAGGAGACAGGGCGUCGCCUGGAGAAGUACUGCAAAAGAUUUAAGGUCCCUUUCGUAUUUAAAGCCAUAGCGAAGAAGUGGGAAAGCAUCACGGUUGAAGAGCUUGAGAUUCAAAGGGAUGAGGUGCUGAUAGUUAACAGUUUGUAUAGGCUAGGGAACAUACCCGAUGAGACAGUAGUGCAAAACAGUCCAAGGGACGCUGUCCUAGAUUUGAUCAGGAGGAUCCGUCCUGAUAUGUUCAUCCAUGGAGUGUUGAACGGGACUUUCAACACUCCAUUUUUUGUCACACGGUUUAGAGAGGCGCUUUUUCACUACUCUUCCCUGUUCGAUAUGUUUGAGGCUAGCCUACCCCGCGAGGAUGAGGACAGAAAGCUUUUUGAGGAAGAGGUUUUUGCAAGAGAUGCUAUGAAUGUGAUCGCUUGUGAAGGAACAGAGAGAGUCGAGAGACCUGAAACGUACAAACAGUGGCAACUUAGAUGUGUUAGAGCUGGAUUCAAACAGCUGCCACUUGACCAGGAGAUUGUGAAGACAGUCAGCAAUAAAGUGAGGUCGGAGUACCACAAGGACUUCUCAGUUGAUGAAGAUGGCCGCUGGAUGCUACAAGGAUGGAAGGGGCGCGUGCUUUACGCUCUCUCUUGUUGGAAGCCUACUAGGCUGUCUGCAAAAUUGAUCUAGUUUAUUAGGCCAUUUCUUGUAUGGUCAACUUUAGGUCAUGGCUGUUCUUUUCAUUUGCUAGUGACUAGUGAGUAUAUCUUUGUUUGUAUCAGCAUUCUGGAAUUUAUUAAUUUGGUUUCACUCUCUCAA